CCGUGUGAAAGGCAGCCCCCUGGACUUCCAUAUUCAUUUGUGCAUCGCGGGACCGUCGCACUUGAGGGACUUGCACGUAAGGGAAGGGGCUCAAGUUCAAACAUACUCCAAUCAUGCCCACGACCAAGACACUUGAAAGAAUUCCGAUACCUGGUCGUCCUCCUCGACAAAGCCACCAUGGUGCGAUGUCACAUAUGGACUUCAUUCCACUACCCACAACUAACGUGCUAGACACAAAAUCCGAAGAGGAGCAUCCAUAUAGACUGCGACACAACACUCGAGCGCUCACACCAGACCGUGUCGUAGCCAGCCACAUGCUAGGCUCCAUCGGACUUGGGGAAGGACGACAGGCACGAGUUGCCCAUGGGGUAGAAACCGUGUCAGCACGAGCAACAGGCAGACGGCUUAGUGAUCACGGGCUUCUCGUGGCCUUUGUCGUCGGGGAGACCACGGCCGUAGCCUGGACCGUCGUCUCUGGCGUCACGGGCUGCGUGGUGACAAGGGAGUUUGCUACCGCGUUCGCAGGCAGGAAGCCGAGCGAGCUUUUGCACGAGCUGUCGAUCUGAAUGGCACCGUUGAGGCACUUGACGGUAGUCUGAUCUUGCUGAACGUGAAGGCAGGCGUUGACAUUUCCAAAUCCGGCUACAUCUGUCAAAGACGUCGAAGGGACUUGCAGUCGUGAAGGGUGUGGCGGUGGUUGGUCGAGCACAAUCGAAAGGGCUAACGAGCGGGGGGUAAAGUAUGCAGCAUCCCACAUGAUGCGAAUGACACAAAAACGAUCCGUUGCUAGAAUUGGCAGCUUA